UUCCCGCGCCGGCUUCUGUGACAGCCGGGUGCCCACUGCGCAUGUGCGAGAAGCGCUGCGCUUUGUGAAUGGCCCGGAGCCUUCUGGGACCUGUCGUGCCCCAGAAGACUUCGAACCAUUCACAAAGCGCAGCGCUUCUUGCGCAUGCGCAGUGGACACCCGGCUGUCACAGAAGCCAGCGCGGGAAGACUGUGCAGCGCUGGAGCGAGGAACAGGUAAGGCCCUGCAGGAGAUAACAGCUGAGCGGCCGGCCUGGUAUUCUGACAU